UUUAAAUUUAAGUUUUUAUAAUAAUAAAAUGGAAAGUAUUACUGAAGCUAUUGAAGAAGAGAACACCCAGAUAAUCAGUCUAGAGAAAUCUGUCCUGACAGAAACCAAGGAGCAAGAGGUCACCACAUGUCAGAGCAUCCUCUAUAAGGUUCUCCCAGAUGAAGAAGUUGAGCCAUCGGAUCCAGACUCCGAAGAAUUUUCAAGAAACAGUGGACUUCGCAUUAGGUUGGACGAAAUCUGAGAUGGCAAACUUUCGAAAAGUUUGAAGUGUCUUAAGGUUUUUGAUAUAGAUUGCCUUACUUUGGGCGUUUUGUUUUAAAUUUCUUACAAUCCUCAUUCCCAAAUAAAACUGAGGAACUCAAUUUUUGGUCCGGUGACCAAAUGGAUCUGAAAAGGUGCAACUACUUAAACUCCCUGACCAGACUCAGCUCCAAAGUCGUUCAACAAGUUGACUUUGAAGAUUUCAGCAUCGGCCUUCCCCAACUCAAGAGGCUGAUGGCAGCUUUCAAGCAUGUGAGAGCUUUGAGAUUGCAAUAUUGCAGGCUAUCUAUCCCAAGUGUUCCUGAUUUUUCAAAGGCUCUGAAGAACUUCCAAAUCAAGAGAAUAUAUUUAAACGGAUCAGGAGCCUCUGAUAGAAGUGACUGGGAGAACAACUUUGACGAGUUCGAGAACUUGGUACAAGGGUUAGCAAGCUCUCCAGAUUUAAGAUUGAGUCUUAAAGGAGUAAGUGUCUCUGACUGUGGAGUAACCCAAAAUGGAGUUGAACAAGUCUUUGAAGAAAACCAGCUUGGAGAAGUUAACAUAUUUUUUGGAAAUAAUUCUGGUUAAA